GAGACAGUGUCAGUAAUUGUGAAAAUUGACACUGAAUUUGUUUUUAUGUUUUGGUGAAUUGAAUAUAUUCAGGUUGAAGGAUGAGGUCCCGCGGACAGAGUGUUGUUUCUGCCACCUCGGUUAGUACAACAGGGGUGAGCUAUGUAAAACCCCUGGUGGUUCACAGGACGCAGCAGGAGUUGGAAGACUUUAGGAAAGAGAUAUGUACAGAUGCACAUGAAAUUCCUAUUCAAGAAUUAUUGCAGAGGCUUGGUACCAAUCUAGAAACAGGCCUCACACGAACAAAAGCUGACAAUUUACUGAAAAUAAACGGACCCAAUUGCCUUGUAGCUUCCGAAACGAAAUCUAGAUGGUGGAUCUUUCUUGGAUUCAUGUUUGGUGGCUUCGCGGCACUGCUCUGGGUUGGCGCAUUGCUGUCAUUACUUGGAUUCACAUUGUCCUACCUCAAUGAUCCCACUAGCGAGGAAAGCUACGAUCAUCUCUACCUAGGUUGCGUACUUGUUGUUGUGGUAACUUUCAGCGGUAUAUUCGGGUUUUAUCAAGAAUCCAGCAGCGAGAAGAUAAUGGACAGCUUCAAAAAGAUGAUCCCUAGCUACGCCAUAGUGAUUAGAGAUGGGGUGGAGUAUACGAUACCCAGUGAAGAAGUGGUUGUUGGCGAUUUGGUUGAAGUGCAAGCCGGUGGUACUGUGCCAGCUGAUAUAAGGGUGAUAGAUUCGGCUUCUCUGAAGGUAGAUAACAGUCCUAUAACUGGUGAAUCUGAUCCUCAGCCUAAAUACCCAAAGUGCACUAGCGAGAAUCCUUUGGAAACAGCAAAUUUGGCCUUUUACAGCACCAAUAUCGUUGAGGGAAGAGGAAGAGGAAUUGUUGUAUCUUGCGGCGAUGAUACACUCAUCGGUCAUAUUGCCGGUCUCACAACGGCGCUGAAGAAAGAGGAAACGCCGAUACACAAGGAGAUCCGGAGGUUCAUCAAGAUAAUCACGGUCCUGGCCAUCGCGAUAGGUCUCACCUUCUUCAUCUUGUGCCUGAAAUUCGGCUACAAUUUCUUCGUCAGCUUCAGCUUCUUCAUAGCCCUGAUCAUAGCAAACGUGCCGGAAGGCCUUCCGGUCACCCUGACGGCCUGCAUGACGUUGACGGCCAAGCGGAUGGCUUCGAAGAACUGCCUGGUGAAGAAGUUAGAGGCCAUAGAGACCCUGGGCGCUUGCAACGUCAUCUGCUCGGACAAGACUGGCACCUUGACUCAGAACAGGAUGACCGUUUCCCAUAUGUACUUCGACGGACGGGAAUGGGAUGUUUUGCAGACUCUGGACGAGGUCAACAGAGACAGCGAAGCUUUCCAGGCUCUGGUCCAGGUCGGAAUGCUAUGCAGCAGAGCGACGUUCAUAGACAAAGACAAAAAUAUACCAAUCAACAAUAGGACGGUCGCAGGUGACGCCAGCGAAUCUGCCAUCUUGAAAUUCCUCGAAGCCCUAAUUGGGGACGUCGCCCAGAAGAGGGAACUGAAGCCGAAGAUAAUGGAAAUUCCCUUCAACUCCAACAAUAAGUUCCAAAUAUCCAUACACAAGCUGGACGGUGGCAGGAACCUCCUGGUGAUCAAAGGAGCCCCCGAAAGGAUCAUCAUUAGGUGCAAGAAGUACUUGCUGAACGACCGAACCAUCGAACUCGACGAUGACGUUGCCGACGAACUGAUGGAGGCCAUCUUGAACCUUGGAAGGAGGGGGGAGAGAGUGCUGGCUUUUGCAGAUUAUCAUCUACCUGAAACCUACGGCGCAGAUUACGUUUUCAACGCUGAAAAGCAGAAUUUUCCGGUUGAAGGUUACAGAUUCGUCGGAUUCUUAUCCAUGAUGGACCCACCAAGACCAACUGUACCAGAAGCAGUCAGGAUGUGUAAAGAGGCCGGAAUCAGAGUGAUAAUGGUAACCGGAGAUCAUCCCGUGACAGCUGAGGCGAUAGCCAAGAAGGUCGGCAUCAUCUCCGAGGACAGCAUAGUGCACACGGACAUCUUGAAGGGCGAUGACGAAUCUAUAGACAGUCGGCAAUCCAGAAGAGCCAAGCACCAGGUCAUCGCCUGCGUGGUGACAGGAGGCGACUUGAGAGAAAUGUCAGAGGUGGAGCUGGAAAUGACUCUCAUGAAAUACAAAGAGAUCAUAUUUGCCAGGACGAGUCCACAGCAGAAAUUGAAGAUAGUGGAGGCCUUGCAGAGGCAAAAAAACAUUGUGGCAGUCACAGGCGAUGGCGUAAAUGACUCACCUGCCUUGAAGAAAGCUGACAUAGGCAUUGCUAUGGGCAUAGCUGGUUCCGAUGUGGCAAAAAACGCUGCCGAUAUGAUUCUGUUGGACGACAAUUUUUCGUCGAUCGUCACUGGGAUCGAAGAAGGUCGUUUGAUUUUCGAUAACCUCAAGAAGAGUAUAGCCUACGUAUUAACUUCCAACGUGCCUGAAAUUGUGCCUUUCAUAGUACUUGUGGGCUUCAACUUACCGCAAUCUUUGACUGUGAUGGCAAUAGUGCUCAUAGACAUCGGGACGGAUCUCUGGCCGGCCAUCAGCCUUGCUUACGAAAAACCAGAAGCGGACAUCAUGAAGAGGAGCCCCAGGGACCCUGUAUCAGAUCGCCUGAUAAACACCAGACUGAUCUAUCUGGCGUAUGGCCAGAUAGGUUUCAUACAGUCCGUGGGAGCCUUCAUCGUAUACUUCUUCAUAAUGGCCCAACACGGAUUCUUUUUCGAUCGACUUGUAGGUAUACGAGUUAUCUGGGACUCGGAGACGAUCAAUGACCUCCAAGACUCUUACGGCGAGGAAUGGACUUAUCCAGAACGCAUGCACCUGCAGAGAAAAUGCGUUGCUGGCUUCUUCGUGUCCAUAGUGAUGACCCAGACUACUGAUCUGUUGAUAUGCAAGACCAGGAGGCUUUCUUUGUUCCAGCAGGGGAUGUCGAACAGACCCUUGAACUAUUCCAUUUGUUUCGCUAUGUCGGUCAUGAUCUUAGCUGUGUAUUGCCCAGGCAUCAGAGAUUUCUUCCAGUUUGAGCCAGUUGACUAUUGGCCCUAUAUCCUCACGAUCCCAUUCGUGCUGAUUAUUUUCGGCUAUGAUGAGUGUAGAAAAUGGCUAAUCAGGAGGUAUCCCUAUGGUUUUGCUUAUAGAGAAACUUAUUACUGAUAUAUUUUUUGAAUAAAGUGAAGAUAGAUAUUGA